AAAUAUGGCCUCCAUAUUGUCGGAGGAGCAAUUUCUGUGCGUCAUCUGUCUGGAAAGCUUCACCGACCCGGUCUCCAUCCCAUGUGGCCACAACUACUGCCUGGGAUGCAUCAAACACUUAUGGGACAUCAAACCUCAGCCGGAUUGUCCGCUGUGCAAAGAGACAUUCCUGAGACGCCCAGAACUCAGGAUCAACAUCUCUGACAGAAAGAUCGGCCAACAGGCCAGUGCCAGCAAAGAGGCAGACGUCGAGGCAAUCCUCGAAAUCCGAAGAAAUCCCUUGCGAUGUCUGCCGCGACCACAGAGCGACAGCGGUGAAGUCGCCUCCUAUUGUGAGGUCCACCUGACCCCGCACCUGAGGGAUCCGGUGAUGACCAAGCACAGGCUGACGGAUCCGGCCACCUUCGCCGCCAGUCACCUCUGCCGGAACCACAACAAGCCCCUGGACAUGUUCUGCAAGAGGGAGCAAACACCCGGAAAGAUGAAGACGACCCAAGCGGAGAUUCAACAGAUGAUCCAGGACCGACUGAGAAAGACUGACGAGAUCCAGCGCUCACUGGAACUGGGGAGGAAAAAUAAAGAACAGGAGAUACAGACAAGCGUGCAGGCCGCCACAAUGGUGAUAACCGCCUUCGAGAGAUACCAGGCAUUGCUCAUUGGGGAGAUAGAAGAGAAGCACGAGGCAGAAGAGAGGAGAGCGGAGGAGCUCCUCUGCGAGCUGGAGGAGGAGACCAGUGAACUCCAGCGGAGAUACAGCGAGCUGCAACACUUGGAGGACACCAAGGACCCUCUUCAUCUCCUGCAGAGCUUUCCGUGUUUGAGUGCUCCGCUGUCCACCAAUGACUGGUCUGAGGUCAGAGUUCACUCGGACAUUUGCAUUGGGACCGUGAGGGGAGCUUUCUCCAAGCUGGUGGACAUCUGCAAAGAACUUGAACAGAAACUGUCCACAGAAGACGUGAACAAAAUAAGUAAAUAUGCAGUGGACGUGACUCUGGAUCCAGCAACCGCUGCAGGUUGGCUGGUUCUAUCCCCAGACGGUAAAAAGGUGAGCGUGGGCGCCCAGCAGAGGAGGCCUCCUCUUCCUCCCGACACCCGGAGGUUUGACACCUGCGUCGCUGUUCUGGGAAAACAAAGGUUCUCCUCUGGGAGGUGCUAUUGGGUGGUUCAGGUUGGGGACAAGACGGACUGGGACCUUGGUGUGGCCAGGGAGUCCAUCAACAGGAAGGGCUCCAUCACGGUCCGCCCAGCUAACGGUUACUGGGCCAUCUGCCGACGUAAGGGUGGCGGUCUGCUCGCCUGCGCCGGACCCUCUGUCACCCUCAACCUGCAUCGGCUACCCCAAAAAGUUGGCAUAUUCCUCGACUACGAGGAGGGAUCCGUGUCCUUCUACGACGCAGAGGCCAAGACUCACAUUUACACUUACGGCGGUUGUAGAUUUACCGAGCCGCUGUUCCCAUACUUCAACCCAUGUCUCCCGGACAGUGGGAGGAACGUGGCGCCGCUGGUCGUCUGUCCUGUCGAAUUUGGUCAAGCAGUACAGACUGUGGCGCUU